AUGGCGUCCUCGUUCUGGAAAGGGCUGGUGGGGGUCGGACUUUUUGCCUUGGCACAUGCGGCCUUCUCAGCGGCUCAGCAUCGUUCUUAUAUGCGGUUGACUGAAAAGGAAGAUGAGACGUUACCAAUAGAUAUAGUUCUACAAACCUUGUUGGCAUUUGUAGUGGCCUGCUACGGCAUAGUUCACAUUGCAGGAGAGUUUAAAGACAUGGAUGCAACUUCAGAAUUAAAGAAUAAGACAUUUGAUACUUUAAGGAACCAUCCCUCAUUUUAUGUCUUCAACCACAGAGGACGGGUAAUGUUCCAGUCCUCAGACACCGAGGAUUUCCAACAAAAUCAAGCUGCUUUUACAUCUAAUGCACCACUGAAGCUACGAAAGCUAGAGUCGCUGCAACGUUAA